GCCCCGGAGCCGCCGCCGCCCAGGGCCGUCCCCGGGCGGGCACCGGGGGACGGUGGCUACGCGAGUCGCGCKGGUCCGCGCGGAGGCCUGGACGGCGCGGCCAGGUGAUGUGGGCCCCUGUGCUUCUCCAGAGGAAAGGGACCCUCAGAGAAGCCGUGCCCCCGGGCUUCCCCCGCGAGGCGCUCUGACAUCUGCCCUAGGGUAGCUGGGCAGCCCGAGCCGGCCCGGCCGGGUCGAGUGUCCUUAGGAUGCAGUGAUUACGGAAUUAGGCUCUCCCUACAGGAGGGGCACUCCCUGCGCUCCAGAACCCGGUGCAGAGAAAAAGGGCAGAAUGAUGCUGUCCGAGCAAGCCCAAAAGUGGUUUCCAACCCACGUGCAGGUCACAGUGCUCCAAGCCAAAGAUCUGAAGCCAAAAGGCAAAAGUGGCACCAAUGACACAUACACUAUAAUUCAGCUGGGCAAGGAAAAGUACUCCACCUCUGUAGCUGAAAAAACCCUUGAGCCAGUGUGGAAGGAAGAGGCCUCCUUUGAGCUGCCUGGGUUGCUAAUGCAGGGGAAUCCAGAGAAAUACAUUCUUUUCCUCAUAGUUAUGCACAGGUCCCUGGUGGGUCUGGAUAAAUUUUUAGGGCAGGUGGCAAUCAAUCUCAAUGACAUCUUUGAGGACAAACAAAGAAGGAAAACAGAGUGGUUUAGGUUAGAAUCCAAACAAGGAAAAAGAGUCAAAAACAGGGGUGAGAUAAAGGUCAAUAUUCAAUUUAUGAGGAACAAUAUGACAGCAAGUAUGUUUGACUUAUCAAUGAAGGACAAAACAAGAUCUCCUUUUGCAAAAUUGAAAGAUAAGAUGAAAGGUAGAAAAAAUGAUGGGACAUUUUCUGAUACGUCUUCUGCAAUCAUUCCAAGUACUCCCAUGCCUGAUGCCAGUACUGAAUUUUCAAGUGGUGAAAUACAGAUGAAAUCCAAACCAAAAAAGCCUUUUCUUUUGGGUCCUCAGCGUCUCUCUUCUGCACAUUCAAUGUCUGAUUUAACGGGGUCCCACAUGUCUUCUGAGAAACUGAAGUCUGGUGCUGUAGGUCACACACAUCUUCUUGGACGCCACAUAGAGUCCUUUGGAGCCGUUCCAGAAAAUGGAAGUCUUAAGUCUCCACACAGAAGAGCAUUAAGCUUUGAUACUUCUAAAAUGAACCAACCUGACAGCAUUGUGGGUGAAGGUGAAUCGUCUUUUGGAAGACAAAAUGACCCAUUUACAAAUGUGACUGCUUCAUUACCCCAAAAAUUCGCAACACUGCCAAGGAAGAAAAAUCCAUUUGAAGAAAGCAGUGAAUCAUGGGACAGCAGCAUGAAUUUAUUUUCAAAACCAAUUGAAGUAAGAAAAGAAAAUAAAAGAGAGAAAAGGGAGAAAGUUAGCCUAUUUGAGAGAGUGACUGGGAAAAAAGAUGGCAGAAGAUCUGAUAAACUUAACAAUGGGGGAUCUGAUAGCCCUUGUGACUUGAAGUCACCUAAUGCAUGUAAUGAAAAUCGUCAGGACUAUUUUGAUUAUGACUCAACUAAUCCGUUUACAACAAAAUUCAGGGCUUCAAAUAUAAUGCCAUCUUCAAGUUUUCACAUGAAUCYGACAAGCAAUGAAGACCUCAGGAAAAUCCCGGACAGCAAUCCUUUUGAUGCCACUGCAGGGUACCGCAGUCUGACCUACGAAGAGGUACUACAGGAGCUGGUGAAACACAAAGAACUCCUUCGGAGGAAAGACACCCACAUCCGGGAACUUGAGGACUACAUCGACAACCUCUUGGUCAGGGUAAUGGAGGAAACGCCCAGUAUUCUCAGAGUGCCAUACGAACCAUCCAGGAAAGCUGGCAAGUUUGCCAAUAGUUCAUAAAGCCAAGUCUACUGCAUUUAUAAUUGGAAAGAGAGAGGGGAAGAAGAAAUAAAGAAAAAAACUGUUACUUGAAGAGGCCCCUCUGCCAGGUUUCAUAGCCUACUCUCCUCCUCUAAGAAAAAAGGCCGUACCUAUUACUAGCAGGGACUAUCAAGAGGGACCUUUGAAGUGAGCAAAAUACUUUCAACUUUUGAGUGAAAAUGGGCCAGAUUCUCAAUGAAUAAGCAGUUCUGUAGGAUUCACCUGGGUGCUGGUGCUGGCCCACUUAUCUGCCAUAGGCCAAGAAAUAUCUUCAUAAGCCCACGAGUUACUUCUCAGGAAUAGAUUUUUUUGCAUUAAGCAGAUGGAGACUGGUUGAAUUCUCAGAAGUCAAUUUGCAGAUUUAGUUAGCUUCAUGAAUAUAGCUCAUUAUAACACUACAAAAAUCAGUUUAAAUUUUAUAUACAUACAUGAAUACAUUUUCAUGUAUCUUUAUAUAUAAAAUACAUGCAUAUACCUCAUAUAUACAUGUGUUUUUAGUACAUUGAAAAGCAACUGGUUGCCUCUAAGGUACGGAUACCAAUUUCUGAGUUUGGAAAUGGUACGUUCGCWGUAUUGAUGCAAGACAAAUCGUCAUUACUACCACUGCGGUCCCUCUAGAGAAGCUGCUUCAAAUUGCUCUUGACUAUGAGCCUUGGCUUCAGAGUGAGCUGCUGUUUAUGAUCCCAGCAUCACACUUUUGCUCUUUUUCCAAAAAUUGUGAUCCAAGGUCCCUUUUCAAAGAAUGACAAAUUUUAGGACACGUCAUUAACUUCACAGCAGCAUGAAUUUCUUUGCUUUUUUACCUAACAUGAGUUUUGUUUAAGGUUUAAGCAGAAGAUAAGCUAAUGCAAUUUGUUUUGUUGAAAUUCUGCAUGCCUUUAAAUCAUUAUCAAAGAAAAUAUUACAAAGUUACAUCUGAAAAUAAUGGGGGAAAAUGUAGGUGCUCAUCUGUGUCUGAUAACCCAAAGCAAUGGGCAGUUUCUAGGAUUGAAAAAUUAGGCUUGGUUUCAAGUUUCAUCAAUAACAGAACAGAUGGUUGUCUUUGGGUCUUGAACCAAAAAUAAGACUUAUUUAGAGAGGAGUGARUUUUUAGAGCAGAUUUUUACUAGCAUGAAGUUACAUAGUACUCUAUAUAUCUACUCUCCAGUGAUUGGUUUAUCACAAAAUUAGGGGUUCUUUUUUUUUUUUAAAGUCCACUCCCUCAAAAUGUUGAUUCCUUCCAUGGAUUGGCUCUAUUUAUUUGUACAAAAUUAUUCUGAAAUUUAA